AUGGAAGGGCUAACCGUAAGUGGCAAGUUCGCUGGUAAAACCGUGAUCGUAACUGGCUCAAGCCGUGGAAUUGGAAGGGCAAUUGCGUUACGGUUCGCUACCAAAGGUGCUGAAGUUGUUAUUCAUGGGCAAAAUGUGGAGAAGUUGAAGGUGAGUUCAAGCCAAACACGGCGUAAACAUACGUAAUUAAAAGUAUGAGAAGGGGUGAAAAAUCUUGUUCUAGGAGACAACCCAAGUUCUCAAAGAGCUCGGAGUGCUAGAGAAAAACUACCUAGUGAUUCAAGGAGCUAUUCAAGAGCAAGAAACGCAAGAUAAAGUCAUUAACGAGACCAUCAAAAAGUUUGGAAAAAUCGACGUUCUCGUCAACAAUGUCGGAGUCUCUCACAAGGGCGGUUUGAAUCCGGAAUCCGCCGAAAACAUGGAUUUUCUGUAUCAAGUCAACUUGAGGAGGUGAGUCUCUCAAACUGGAUAUUUUUUGGUCUCUCAUUUCUACCGUACGAUUGUAUUUUCAAUUUUAUUAGCAUUUACACUCUGACCAACUCGGCAAUUCCCCACUUAUCCAAGACCAAAGGCAACAUCAUCAAUAUUUCUUCGGUGGGAUCGCAAAAAGCCCACGACUACUUUAUGCCCUACUCCAUUUUGAAAGCCGCCAUUGACCAUUUCACGCGUGGAGCGGCGCUAAAGUACGCCAAAGACGGGAUUCGAGUGAACACCGUGAGUCCCGGCAGUGUCGAGUCCGACUUCGUAUCACGGCAUGGGGGCGAUGACGAGAUGACCAAAGCUAUAGCCGAAAAAUGGGCCAAUCUCUUCGUGCCGCUGAAACGAGCGGGAAAGCCGGACGAGGUGGCCAGUUUGGUGCUGUUCGUGGCCAGUGACGAGGCCAGCUACAUCACCGGGACCAACAUGAUGGUGGAUGGCGGGGCUAUGGCCGGGAUUCCGACUGAAAAUUGGUUGAAACAUAGUUCAACGUAA